GCAGCGCGGCUACGAGACCAAGAACGCGCAUUGGGCCAUGCAGCGACGAGUAAUAAGGAUUUCUAGGUGGACCUUUGCUGGAGAACCAGACUGAACCCUAAAGGCAGCUAAAGCGCUAACCAGCCUGGACGACGGCCUAACCUGUUCGACCGGUUUCCGAGAUAAUCUACUAAAAUUGUCUUUUCGUUGAUCACUCGGAUCUGGAAAAGCGGAGGCAAAUUUACACAAUGACUAAGCAAUUGCCCGAAUGAUCAAUUGCAAUUCUCCGGCACUGCCACAACUCAUGGCUGACUCUGCCUUCGAUGCCGCCACAAGGCGCGAGCUAGAUGCCUUUCUGACCAGGGAACAAGCAAAUGCAAAGCUGCAUACCACCAUACACAACCUCACGACCAUGUGUUGGGACAAGUGCAUCACUUCCACGCCGUCCAACAAGUUUUCCUCCGCCGAAGCUUCCUGUCUGACCAAUUGUGUGGAUCGGUUCUUGGACACCAGUCUCUUCUUAAUCAAAAGCCUCCAAAACAGACGAGAAUCCGAGUAGCAUUCCAAAUCUCGGUACACUUAUGCUACAUC